AAUUCAUUACUCAAACAAGCAUUUCUGGAAUGAAAGGUUGAGAGUGUUUAUCUCAGAGGACCCCAUGGAUUCCAAGAAGUCUAACAAGAUCAGUGAGAUAGUUAGGCUUCAACAGAUCCUCAAGAAGUGGAAGAAGCUUGCAAAUGCACCAAAGAACAGCAGCAGCAGCAGCAAGAGUAGUAGCAGCAACACUACCAUCACUAGUAAUGGUAGUAAAAGCAUCAAAUUUCUCAAAAGAACAUUGUCUUUCUCUGACAUCUCUGCUUCAGUUUCUGGUGACACUGUACCUAAAGGAUUCCUUGCUGUCUGUGUUGGAACAGAGCUGAAGAGAUACACAAUCCCAACAGAGUAUCUGGGUCACAAAGCAUUUGGGAUGCUACUGAGAGAAGCAGAGGAAGAAUUUGGAUUUCAAAAUGAAGGAAUUCUGAGGAUUCCUUGUGAAGUAUCUGUGUUUGAGAGGAUUUUGAAGGUGGUGGAGCAGAAGAAGGAGCUUUUCAUCAUGAAUGAAUUUGGGUUUAGUGGAGAGAAGGAGAUAUCUGGCUUUUGCUCAUCAGAAGCUGAGCUUACUCCAUCUCACCAUCCUCCAAAGCCAAUGUGCAGAUAACUUAAUUAGUUUUUUUUUUUUUUUUUUUUUUC